UGCCCGAGAUGGGAGACCUGAAGUCAGGUUUUGAAGAGGUGGAUGGCGUGAGGCUCGGCUACCUCAUCAUUAAAGGAAAGCAAAUGUUUGCCCUCUCCCAAGUCUUCACAGAUCUGCUGAAAAACAUCCCGAGGACGACCGUGCACAAGCGCAUGGAUCAUCUGAAAGUGAAGAAGCACCACUGCGAUCUGGAGGAGUUGCGGAAACUCAAGGCAAUCAACAGCAUCGCCUUCCACGCCGCCAAAUGCACGCUCAUCUCCCGGGAAGACGUGGAAGCGCUCUACACCUCCUGCAAAACCGAGCGCGUCCUCAAGACCAAGCGCAGGCGGGUCGGCCGGGCCCUGGCCACAAAGGCGCCGCCGCCAGAGCGCGCCGCGGCCGUCAGCCCCCGCCCGGGAUUUUGGAAGGGCAAGCACCAACUUUGGCGGGGCCUGAGCGGAGCCGCGCGGCCCCUGCCAAUCAGCGCGCAGUCCCCGCGCCCGGGCGCCGCCGCAGCGCGCCCCGCCGCCCAUCUACCUCAGAUUUUUAGCAAAUACCCCGGCUCGCACUACCCGGAGAUCGUGCGCUCGCCGUGCAAACCCCCUCUAAACUAUGAAACUGCCCCGCUCCAGGGAAACUACGUCGCCUUCCCCUCGGACCCUGCUUAUUUUCGGAGCCUGCUGUGCAGCAAACACCCGGCAGCCGCCGCCGCCGCCGCCGCUGCCGCCGCCGCCGCCGCCGCCGCCGCCGCCGCCUAUUACCAGGCAUCGGCGGCCGGGCCCCAGCCCAAGACAGCGGCGGGCGCCGGAGGCCCGGGGAGCCUGAGCUACCGCUGCAAGCGCAAGCGCGGCGGCGCCAAGGACUGCCUGCUCGCGCCCCACGCCGGCGCGCGGCGCCUGCUGCUGCUGCCCAGGUCCUACAAAGCCAAGGCGGCAGCGGCGGCGGCGGCGGCGGCGGCGGCAGCGGCGGCAGCCGCCGCCGGGGCCACUUGCCUGGAGAGGUUUCAUCUGGUCAACGGCUUCUGCCCGCCUCCGCACCACCACCACCACCACCACCAUCACCACCACCACCACCACCACCGGGCCCAGCCGCCGCAACAGAGUCACCACCCCCCUCACCACCACCGGCCGCAGCCCCAUCUGGGCAGCUUUCCCGAGAGUUGCAGCAGCGACUCCGAGUCCAGCUCCUACUCGGACCACGCGGCCAACGACUCGGAUUUUGGCUCCAGUUUGUCCAGCUCCAGCAAUUCUGUGUCCUCAGAGGAGGAGGAGGAGGAGGGAGAGGAGGAGGAGGAAGAGGAGGAGGAGGAGGGGGGCAGCGGGGCCUCGGAUUCCAGUGAAGUCAGCUCGGAGGAGGAGGACUCGUCCACCGAGUCGGACUCCAGCUCCGGCUCCAGCCAAGUGUCAGUGCAGAGCAUCCGAUUCAGGCGCACCAGCUUCUGCAAGCCUCCCAGCGUGCAGGCGCAGGCCAACUUCUUGUACCAUCUGGCCUCCGCCGCCGCUGCAACCAAACCCGCUGCUUUCGAGGAUGCCGGCCGACUUCCCGACCUCAAGAGUAGUGUCAAAGCGGAGUCGCCGGAGGAGUGGAAUCUGCAGAGCUGGGCCCCCAAAGCAUCUCCGGUGUACUGCCCGGCCAGCCUGGGGAGUUGUUUCGCGGAGAUAAGGAACGAUAGGGUAUCUGAGAUUACAUUCCCACACUCUGAAAUUUCCAAUGCUGUAAAGAGAACUGACCUGACAAUUAACUGCCUGGCAGAAGGGGCCUCUUCACCUAGCCCAAAGACAAACAAUGCAUUUCCACAACAAAGAAUACUCCGAGAGGCUAGGAAAUGCCUACAAGCAACUCCUACUACACACUGUGCUGAUAACAACACAAUAGCUGCUAGGUUCUUAAAUAAUGAUUCUUCAGGAGCAGAAGCAAAUUCAGAAAAAUAUUCCAAAAUCCUUCAUUGUCCUGAAUUUGCUACGGAUUUGCCCUCUUCGCAGACUGAUCCUGAAGUGAACGCUGCAGGAGCAGCAGCAACUAAAGCCGAGAAUCCCUGCACUGACACAGGCGACAAGACAUUGCCAUUUCUGCACAAUAUUAAAAUCAAAGUAGAAGACAGUAGUGCUAAUGAAGAAUAUGAACCUCACCUUUUUACAAAUAAGCUAAAGUGCGAGUGCAAUGAUACAAAGGGUGAGUUUUACAGUGUGACUGAGAGUAAAGAGGAGGACGCCUUGUUAACCACAGCCAAGGAAGGUUUUGCAUGCCACGAAAAAGAAACUCCUUCCUUAAAUCCACUGGCUCAAAGUCAGGGCCUUCAAUGCACUUUAGGUACUCCAAAACCUGAGGAUGGGGAAUAUAAAUUUGGUGCCAGGGUAAGAAAAAAUUACCGGACACUAGUACUGGGAAAGCGACCUGUCCUUCAGACACCUCCAGUCAAACCAAAUUUGAAAUCAGCUAGAAGCCCUCGUCCUACAGGUAAAACUGAGACACAUGAAGGAACACUGGAUGAUUUUACAGUUAUAAACAGACGCAAAAAGGUAGCCAGCAAUGUAGCAUCAGCAGUGAAAAGGCCAUUUAAUUUCAUGGCAAAUUUUCCUUGUCCACCAUCACUCAUUAUUGGGAGAGAUGGGGAUUUGUGGCCGGCGUAUUCCUUAAACACCACUAAGGAUUCUCAAACUCCUCACAAGGCCCAUCCUAUAUGGAAAUGGCAGCUGGGCGGUUCUGCAAUACCUCUUCCACCUAGUCACAAAUUCAGGAAAUUUAAUUCAUAAAAAUGUUUUGGAAGAUAUUUUCUUGAACCAUAUUACCUUCCUUUUGUUGUAAACUGCACAGGAUGGUUUGUACAAGUCCAUUAAUGUGUUACACCCCCUUUGGAGUCCUGGUUUAUCGCAUUUUGAAGACAGAAAUCGGAUUACUUUUUUUCCG